ACACAGUCAAUCCACACUGCCAUCAUAAUGUCUGCUAGAAUCUUUCUCCUGUGCCUCCUUUCUUCGGUCAUCUCAACAGUAACAUCUCUACAAUGCUAUAAGUGUUUUACCACCAAUGGACAAUGUAGAAAUGAGGACAUGACAUUGGUGGAGUGUGAACCUGAUCAAACCCAUUGCUCUUCCUUGACUCUCCGUACCACUUUCAGCACUCCUCCAGUCAGUUACACUACUAAGACUUGUGUAAAGCCUGAGGAAGCUACUGAUGGUUAUUUCACUAUAACUUCUGUAGAGGGAAGAUACUUUGAAGUCAUUCAUAACAGUUGCCAGUCAGAUGGUUGCAAUAUCUUUCCUUCUACUCUGCCACGUCGUGAGGAACUUAAACCCAAUGGAUAUACAUGCACUGGAUCGUAUACAAAACAUGGUGAUUCUUCCCAACCAGACAAGCCAGUUCUCUGUCUUGGCAAUGAGAAUCAGUGUGUACAUGCUAAUUUUGGCUUGCAUACAUUGGGAUAUAUUAAAGAGGACGCAGUGAUCCAAGCAUGUGCAACAAGCAGUGUAUGUUCCUACCCAAUAGGAAAGACACAAAUGGGCAACGGCAUUGUAGAGUUCAUGCUCACCAGGAAGAAUUGUACCAGUGCUACACAAACAUUUGAUAUGAUGUUUUUUAAGAUGUAAACGAAAGCCUUACUUCCCUUAGCGUUUGAAAUUUGUAAACGUGGGAAGGAGUUUGGAGCUUUAGUUCUAAGAAUUACAAUGCUUUGGGGCUAAACAUUCUUGGGAAAUUGGUAGCAAUUUAGGAUAUGGAGGUGCAGGCUAGCUCAGGGGUAAGUGGUCUUUCUUUAACAAUCCAUUUUCUCUUAAAAUGGUCUUUCUCUAAAUCGUAAUGAAAAUAAAUUUU